CCUUCCCGGCAGCGUGGCCGAUAGAUGUCAAAUAUGUGGAGCCUCUCCCUCACCCCUUCCUCAUUCGACAUUUAUCCUUCCAAAUUGAAAUUAAUUAAUUAAUUAUAAUAAAUAAAUUUUUUCGGUCUUUUAAACAAAACUAAAAAGGAAGCGAGAGAAAUGGACGAAGACGACCUGGUCGGUCUGCUCGACCUCAGCAUCGACAACCUCCUCGACCUGAAUUCCAACACGCAAAACGAGUUCGAUGCCAUGGACUGGCCGGCGGACCUGAGCCUCUGGGACCUGGACCUCCCGGCGGAAGGCGAAAGCUCUCUGGAGGCUGGAGACCUGGGAUCAAAGGCGGACACGGAUGAGGCAACGCAUGAGACACAGACGUUGAUGGUGCAGGGCUUGCACUUCCCAGCGAGGAGGAAAAGAAAAGUUGCGAAGAAGCGCGUCAAAGCCAUGACAAAGAAGGAAUUUGAAACGAUACGAGGUCGUAUGCUCACGCUCAAUCGCAAUUCGAUAUUUCAGGGGAAAUAUGAGGAAAUUAUCAGGGUGACAAAGAUAGAGGACGAGUGUGAAGUUGACAUUGAGGGUGUUGACUGCCCCCCAAUCCUCCCAAAGCCGGCCACGCUUGAUCGGCCACUAUGCUGUGAUGCACCACCCUUCGACCCAAGGUGGAAUGAAAGGAGGCGUCUACCCGACUCCAAGUACACGAUCGCGCUUCGGAAGACGCUGGACGAGAUAUACUCGCUGCCACCCCCAUCUGAGAGGACCAGGGUCGACCCCGAUGUUCCAACCUCGGAGGAGAUGCGACUCUUCCCCGAGUUCUUCAAGCACAGAAAAGGCGCCAGGCGUUACAUGACGAUACGCAACCACAUAGUGAAAAAAUGGUCCGUCCUCUUUCCAAAAUACCUCACAAAAACGGUCGCCCGCACCGGGCUCAAGAACUGCGGCGACGUCAACGGGAUCGGCAAGGUUUUCGCCUUCCUCGAACAAAAGGGCAUCAUCAAUUUCGGCUGUGAACAAUGCCAUUACAAUCAAAAGGGGAAACGGUGAAAGAAAAGAGACGGCUUAACGACGGAGAGUAGAAGAAACUGUGAUUCUGUUUAAUUUUUCCUUUGAAAUAAUUUAAUUUAUAUUUAAUUCAAAAAUCUGUAUAAUUAUGAAUAUA